AUGAACAACAUACCUACAUAUUUAUACCUACCAAUCACCACUUCAAUAAAGUCUUUUAUUCCAGCUUGUGGUGGAAUGGACAAUAUGUGUACCAUCUAUGAUCUAAACAACAGGGAUGCCAAUGGUGUAGCAAAAUUGGUGAGAGAGUUGGCUGGUUAUGAUGGAUUUCUCAGUUCAUGUCGGUUUUUGGAUGAUAAAUCCAUAAUCACAGGUUCUGGAGAUAUGAAAAUAUGUAAAUGGGACUUGGAGAGUGGAAGAAAAACCUCAGAUUUCAUAGCUCACAAUGGAGACGUGGUCUCCAUCAGUUUGUCACCAGAUGGAAAUGCAUUUGUUACUGGAAGUGUGGAUAAAACUUGUAGGUUAUGGGAUAUGCGAGAGGAAAAACCUAAGCAAACUUUCUUCGGACAUGAAGCAGAUGUCAACUCAGUUUGUUUCCAUCCUAGCGGUUACUGUUUCGCAACCGGUUCUGAAGAUAAAUCGGCGAGGUUAUUCGACAUUAGAAGUGACCAGCAGAUAGCAGUGUAUAAACCUCCAUCCCCCAAUAGUGGUUUCACAUCUUGUGGGUUGUCCCUGAGUGGAAGAAUACUUUUAUGCGGAUCAGAUGAUAACAAUGUCCACAUGUGGGAUACUUUGAAAAAUCAACACAACGGUACCCUUUCUGGUCACGAAAACCGUGUGACUUCCCUAUCAGUAGCUAACAAUGGGUUGGCAAUAGCAACCUGCAGCUGGGACCAAUCAGUUCGAGUAUGGGGAUAGCUGAAAACAAGUAAUUGAGGACUCUUAGAAUUACGUCACAGAUGACACUUGUUGCAUACCUAAAUCUGGGUAUCUAUUCCGAAUAUUUCAUGUUGUAACUAUGUCAAAGACAGUGUAAAAUCAAUAGAUAUUGAAUUAUUGUAAGAA